AUGAUGCAGCGCGCAAUAAUCGUGCUUCGGAGCUUGGUGCGUGGGAAGACGGUGUCGGCAUUCAUGACCCAGAUGGGAGACUCCUUCCCGCCCACCCUGGAUGCCGAGGACACGCGCACGGCGGUGGCCAGAUGGCUGAACCCGGACGAGGAGGAGCUGACUCAGGGGUUUGAGAUGCCCAUCUGGGAUCACCUCGACGAGCUGCGGGAGCGGGUGCUGGUGGGUGGCAUCGCCGCCGCCGUGGCGGUGCUGACCUGCUUCGCCUUCUCCAAGGACCUGGUGCUCUUCCUGGAGGCACCAGUGGCCCAGCAGGGAGUCCGCUUCCUCCAGCUCUCCCCGGGCGAGUUCUUCUUCACCACUCUCAAGGUCGGGGGCUACACCGGGAUUCUGCUGGCCAUGCCCACGGUGCUGUACGAGAUCAUCGCUUAUGUAAUCCCCGGCCUCACCCGCUCCGAGCGCUCCUUCCUGGCCCCCGUCGUCUUCGGCUCCUCCGCCCUCUUCUACCUGGGCCUCUUCUUCUCCUACGAGGUCCUGGCCCCCGCCGCCCUAUCCUUCUUCGUGUCCUACGCCGACGGCGCGGUGGAGUCCCUCUGGUCCAUCGACCAGUACUUCUCCUUCGUCCUCGUGCUCAUGCUCAGCACGGGGCUCGCCUUCCAGGUCCCCGUGCUGCAGGUCCUGUUGGGGCAGCUGGGCAUCGUCUCCUCCCGCGCCAUGCUGGCGCAGUGGAAGUACGUCGUGGUGGGCGCCACCGUGGCCGCGGCCGUGCUCACGCCCUCCACGGACCCCUUCACCCAGACGCUACUCGCCGUGCCCCUGGUGGGGCUGUACAUGGCCGGCGCAGGGGCGGUGAGGCUCAUUGAGAACAGGAAGGCGGCCGCGGGGCCGGCCUAG